AUGGAGGCGACACCGAGAGCGAGCGCGGAGGACGCGAAACGGGCGAUCAAGAUCAAGACGGGCUCGCUCCGUCGACUGUUUCGCGAGCGCGCGAUGUACGCGGAGGAGGUCGAGCUGGGCGAACGCGAGACGCGAGCGAUGCGCGCGCGGGGCGCGGACGCGAGCGACGUGAAACAACAGGAAAACGUGUUGCAGGAGUCGACGAUGAUGGUGCACGAUAACGCCACGCGGUUGAUCGACGCGAGGAACGAUUUGGAGAGCACGGUGAAACACUUCGAAUUGGACGAUGGGGUGCGCGAGAGCGAGGAAUUAGUGGCGGCGCGUGCGCUGUUGGAGGAAGUGCGCGCGGGUUUGGAGACGUGA